UAGAUUUCAGACCGCCGCCGUCUUAGGUCGGUAUUCUGGUUGUCUUGGGGCGGAAGAUUAAAGAGCUCUAAACCUUUUAAACAUAAAAACCAUUACGAGAUAAAGUUUUUGAGACAAAACCCAGAUUUUUUUUUUCUCUGUUUAUCUUCUCAUUAAAGAAGAAUCGUAUUUUUUCUUUUCAAUCUGAAGGCGUCUGUGAUCAUAUACUCAGUGUUGAUAGUUUGAAGCUUUACUUUUGCGGAACGAUUGACUAGCUUUGAUGACGACUCCAAUUGUAGCUGGUGUUUCAGUAGCAGCUGCUGCUUUGGGAGGCAGAUACUUGAUCCAGGCAUGGCAAGCAUUCAAAGCCCGUCCUGUUGUACCCCGGGUGAGAAGAUUCUAUGAGGGUGGAUUUGAGCAGAUGAUGACUAGACGAGAAGCUGCAUUAAUACUUGGCAUCAGAGAACAUGCUGCCAUGGAGAAGAUCAAGGAGGCUCAUAGGAGAGUGAUGAUGGCCAACCAUCCAGACAGUGGUGGGAACAAGUAUCUUGCUCAAAAAAUAAACGAAGCCAAGGAUGUCAUGAUGGGGCGAACAAAGGGUAGUGAUUCUGCAUUGUAGAAUAAUGUGGUGGAGGCUGAUUAUGUAAUCUGAUUUUGUUCUAUUAUUGCACAAAAUUUUUGUAACAGGUGACUGCUGUAAUAAACUAUUUUUUAAGGGAUGUCUUUCAUCUCUAUAUGAGUGAAGAAAAAGAAUUGUUUCC